CAGUGUUGAGUCUGUCCUCAUUAAUAGCAGAUGUGUUUUGUUACAAGCCUGUUUAAAGGAAGUGCUUGCAGUAGCUCAGCAUUUUGAAAAUCAGACCUGAGAUGCUAUGAAGAGUAUCAUUUAACUUCAACUUUUGAUUUUAAGCAUUUAAAGCUCAUCUAGCAGGCUCCAUCCCUCUCCCGUCACAAUGGUCAUCGAGUCGGACUCUGUCAAUCCCAGCCACGCUCUGUUUGACUGCUUUGUCCAGGCGCAGACGUGUAAAGAGACACAGCAGAACUUCAUCGAACUCUGUCGCCACCUGAAGGUGGAGCCCAGAGACUACAAGCACUUCUACAGCAAGCUGAAGGACAGACUCAACUACUGGAAAGCCAAAGAGCUCUGGCAGAAGAUCGACAAGAGAGCCGCCCAUCCCGACUACGGACAGGGUCAGACAUGUCAUCAAAACAAGUGUUUAGUGUUGGGUGCGGGUCCAUGUGGUCUCAGGACAGCAAUCGAAUUGGCUCUUCUAGGCGCUCAGGUAGUUGUACUGGAGAAAAGAGUGUCUUUUGUGAGGAAUAACGUCCUGCAUCUGUGGCUGUACACCAUUCGAGACCUUCUCAACCUCGGUGGGAAGAAAUUCUAUGGCAGAUUCUGCAGUGGAUCCAUUCAUCACAUAAGUAUCCGUCAGCUGCAGUUGAUUCUGCUGAAACUGGCUCUGAUUUUGGGGGUCGAGGUGCACACAGGUGUGACCUUUAAAAGUCUGCUUGAACCAUCAGGAUCUACAGGAUGGAGGGCACAGGUGUCUCCUGAGUCCCACACAGCUGCUGCUUUUGAGUUUGAUGUCUUUAUUUCAGCUGGAGGGGGAAGAUAUGUGCCUGACGGUUUUAAGAUAAAGGAGCUCAGGGGAAAGUUGGCCAUCGGUAUCACUGUAAACUUCAUAAACCGCCGCACCAAACAAGAGGCUCAGGUGCAGGAGAUCAGCGGCGUGGCACGAAUAUACAACCAGCAAUUCUUCCAAGAGCUCCAUUCUGAGAUCGGCGUUGAUCUAGAGAAUAUUGUCUACUACAAAGAUGAUACUCACUAUUUUGUGAUGACUGCAAAAAAGGGGAGCUUGUUAAAAAAAGGAGUUCUAAAACAGGACUUUAUUGAUGUCGAUCAGCUGCUCGCGCCCUCAAACGUCGACCAGGAGGCCCUGCAGGCGUACGCAUACGACGCCGCUGACUUCUCCACAGAUCACAUGCUGCCAGACCUGGAGUUCGCCACGAACCACGCGGGCCGUCCGGACGUGGCCGUGUUUGACUUCACCUGCAUGCACCGGGCAGAGAACGCCUCUCUGGUGAAGGAGAGGAAGGGGAAGAGACUGCUCAUCGCGCUGGUGGGAGACUCUCUGGUAGAGCCGUUUUGGCCUCUGGGCACUGGCAUUGCUCGAGGUUUCCUGGCUGCGUUUGACACGGCGUGGAUGGUCAGGAAUUGGGGGAAAGGUGUGCCACCCCUGGAGUUGUUGGCGGAAAGGGAGAGCAUGUAUAAGUUACUCUCUCAAACGACUCCAGAAAACAUCAGCAAGAACUACUCCGCUUACAGCAUCGAUCCAGCCACGCGUUACCCAAACAUCAGCCGGUGCGCUGUCAAACCUGCACAGGUCAAGCGUCUGUAUGACAUAGAGGAUGGUAAAGCCAAGAAACAGCCGAAACCCAUCCUAAAAGUGAAACCUAAAAAAGACUCUAUCCGGCGUCUGGAGGAUCUGCUGUCCUGGUGUCAGAAGAACACAGCGGGGUACAAACAUGUGAAGGUGAAAGACCUGAGCGAGUCCUGGAGGUCCGGCAUGGCUCUCUGCGCUCUCAUCCACAACUUCAGACCCAAACUCAUUGACUUGUCUAGUCUAGAUGAGCAUAAUGUCAUCAGGAACAAUAAGUUGGCCUUUGACCUCAUGGAGAGAGAGUUUGGCAUCCCCCCCGUCAUGCGUGCCAAUGAAAUGAUCAGCUGUGGGAAGAUUGACCAGCUCUGUAUGGUCUUCUACCUCACACAGAUACGCAACGCUCUCACUGAGAAAGAGAGCCCAGCAGAGUGCUCCAUCAGCCUCUCUCCCAACAACAACCUCUCGCUGUCCAGAACCCGCUCGGCCACCUCCUUCCUCAACACACUCAAACGCGACUCUCUCAAAAGACGCAAGGACCGACUGACAUUGGAGAAAAGACCAGGACCACAAAAGAUGAAGGAGAAAGAGGAGGAUAAGGUUGUGAAAGAGGAAGAACCUGUGGUGUCCAUGUCCUCUUCAGAGGUUGGCAGCAGUGAGCUCUGUUAUUUCUGCAACGAGCAUCUGUAUGUGCUGGAGAGAGGAAGUGCAGAGGGCAAGUUCUUCCAUCGCAGUUGUUUCAACUGUUAUCAGUGCGGCUCCACUCUGCGGCAGGGCGGAUACACCUUCCUCUCCGACAUGGGGAGAUUCUACUGUGAGCUGCACUCAACAGCCGAGGAAGAGGAGGGUGAUGAAGGUCACAGAGGCUCACAGAAUAAUGCUGAAAGUGGCCUUAAUGAGGAGGAUAAGGAGAAAACUCAAAAUGGUAAACCCGUGGAGAUUUCCUCCCCAGCUCCACACUGCUCCGUACGAAGGAAGGGCUCGUAUAAGAUCUCCGUUGACCCUGACUUUGAUGAAUUGGCUGAGUGUUUUACUCCCACAGAGCAAAAAGACCAACCUCCUUUUAUCGCUCAUGAACCCAGCAAACCCUCAGAGCUCAAUCCGGAGAGCACGGGCAUCGAGAAACAACAAAAUAACGGCAGUCCGUCCGUUCCAGUGCCGGCCCCGCGACUGUCCAAAGUUCCUGUCCCAAAACCUCGCUCUGUCCAUAAUGUGGUGCCUCAACCCUCACAUACGCCCAAGGGAUCAGAAGUCCUGCUCGGCCAGGAUUCAGACACUGAGACGCCCGUCUGGUCUUCUGCUGAGGGCUACGGGAGCGAGAAGAGCUUUCGGGACCAGCAGAACCGGCGCUGCAUUAGAAAGAAGAGCGAUCCGCAACCUUCCACAGAGCCGCAACACGGAAAGAUGCGCUCCAAGUUUUCCGCGUGGAAUCUGUCUUCACCUCGACUGCAGCAGCGUUUCAGUUUCCUCCGAGUCACUCCUUCAGGACCAUCUCAACCAGAUUAUUAUGCAUCGGAUGAUAAUGAAGAAGGGCUUGAUGAUGACGAAGAGGAGGAUGAAGAGGUUCUUACAAGAGAAGAGCAUUAUUUGGAUUGCAAGGGGGCUGAUUUUGAGAUUUCGGACUCUGAGAAACGAGAGCUAAAGAGGAUGAAGACUCUGCAAAGGAAAGAAAGGCUGAGCGAAAUCAACCGCUUCCACAAAGCUCAGACAAUUCAGAGACGCCUGGAUGAGAUCGAAGUUACCUUUAAAGAGCUGGAGGAGAAAGGAGUGGAGCUGGAGAGAGCUUUGAGAGGAGAGGCUGGUUCAGACCCAGAAACGAUUGAUCAGUGGAUUGAUCUGGUCCAGGAGAAGAACAGUCUGCUAUCAGAGGAGUCCGAUCUCAUGGUGGCAUCUCGACAGCUGGAGCUGGAAGACAAACAGAGCAUGUUAGAGAUGGAGCUGCGGAGAUACAUGGAAAUGGACGACUCGGAGAAAAGCCCCGAGCAGCGAGAACAUGAGAGUCAGGUCCUGCAGGAGAUGCUGGACGUGGUGGACAUGAGGGAUUCACUGGUGGCCUUCCUGGAGGAGAAGAGGCUGAAGGAAGUGGAUGAUGAGCUGCUGGGGAGCUCCGUGCUGGAGGCCGCAGCAUCCUAGGUGCCCUGGGACCGAGACACCACAAACACACCACAACACCGUAAUACAGUAGUUCACCAUUUACUCAUCCUCAUGCAGUUAUAAAACUUCUAGCACUUCUUAUCUUUUGUGGGAAACAAAAGGAAAAAGUUGCAUGAUGAUCUUUUUUUUUGCACAAUGAAAUAAAUGAUAAAAUCAUCAUAAAAGCAGUCCUUGAAGCCACAUGAUUGAUAUGAAGUUUUAUUUUGUUUUCAUAUAAAGUUUUAAGUCGUUUUUCUGACUCUGACUAGUUUCAGUGAUGUCGAACAUUAACAAUUCUCAUCUGCAUCAUAAACAGUUUUCCAGUGCUUAAAAUUUUCAGUGAACCAUGAAUGCAUUUCAGUACAUUUCCACCAAAUGCCACACAUUUAGACUACUAUGGUGUCUUUUUUUUUUUUUGUCCUCAACAGCUUACCGUUUACUUUUAUAGGAUAGAAAAUAGAAAGAAUGUCAUCUACUCGAUGAAAGAAAGUAGGUCAUACUGAUUUGCAUCGAAAAGAGGAUGAAUAAAUGAUGACAGAAUAUUUAUUUUGGUCACACAAUAUAAACACACUAUGAAUUGUAGGCACAAAUGCAUUGCACAUUGCACAACUUUGUGUAGAGACUCUGCUCUUGAAAACCAAAGAGUUAAACGCAUCUGCGUGCACAGGUUUAAGACACUCGAGAUCUGGAAUCUAGCGCCAUCCGUUACGGUCUCACUCCAACAUAAAUGAUAGAGAUAGAGAAACUCUGGAGACUGUAGAAAAUGUUGUGGAACUGCACAUCCAUCGCAGCCUUCACUGCCCAGACACAGCAUUUUCACAAGACUCUCGCGCUCAAACACAUGGACUUUACUGCGGCAGAUGAUUGUGUACUCGUGUGUGAUUGGAUUGCAUCUGGCACUUUUAUAAGAGUCUAUCAAGGUCAUGUAUGUUAUAAAUAUUAAAAUUAUUCGAUCUUAUUUCUGACACCGAAUUUAAACUAAACUAAAAAGGUAAUUGCGAGUUUUUCUUGCAGAAUUGCAAGAUGUAGUUAGCUGUAAGAAAAAACUAUUAUAAUAAAAAACUGAAUUGUGUGAUGGAAAGUCAGAAUUCUGAGAGUAAAAAAGUAAAUCUCGUUUUCAUCAUGGAAUAAAAAAAAUAUGACACUUGUCUUACAUUUCUGAAUUUUCUUGCAAAAUGUAAACUGGCAAUUAAACUUGUGUAAUGUAGUCAGAAUUCUACAGGGAAAAAAAGUCGGAAUUGUCGGAUAAAAAUUCUAAAAGUAAAAGUUUCCAAAGUUCUAAAAUAACUUAAAUCAGAAUUCUUUUUUUUUUUUUUUUGAAAAAUGUAAACUUAUAACUCUGAGAUGUAAACUCGGAAUUGAAAGUUUAUAAUUAGCAGUUGUAAAACAUAAACGUAAUUGAAAGAAAAAGAGAAUUGUGGGAAAGUCGUGAGUCGGCAGAAAUAAGCUUCGAUACACAAUGUCCUCGUUAAAAGAUAUUAUAUAAAAGGUAUUUACAUAUUUAUGAUGUUGUAUUUGUCAGAAAUGGUGUAACCUGAUGCCAAUAUCAUCGUAAACAGCACUUGCAAUGUAUAAUUAUGAAUAUAUUACAGCUUUGCAACAAGAGAUUCAAUAUCAUAAUGAGUUUUUUUGCAAGGUUUUAUUUAUUUUUUUAUCCUUGUAAGUGAUUGAACGAUUAUUUCACUCAUUAUUAUUCACUGUUGAUUUUUUUUUUUUUCUGCAUGUGAUGGUUUUCUCUCAGGGGUACAUCUGCCUGGACUGGUUUCCAUUUCUAUAUUUUGAUCAUUAUUUGGAAGUGUUUAUACUGUAAUACUCGUUCAUGAAUUAAUUUAGGGAGGCACAAAGAAGCAGAAAGUCUGCGUUCCUUUGCUGUAUGGAAUUCCCUCAGAGAAUUAUUAUUAUUAGGUAUUUUUAUGUGCUUGAUAAAAUUGUUCAUUUUUUGAGCACUGUGAAUAAUUGGUGGCAUUAAUUCUUGUCAGAGAGGAAAUUUGUGCUUGUGUUUUGGGAACUGGUGUAAUUUUUGCAGUUUGUUUUUGCUCCCUAAUUGUAUUUCUUUUCUUUAAAUAUGUUUACACACACACAACACACACAUCACACAGAUACCAGUGGUUUCUUUUCUAUGGGGACAGUAAUUACUGAAUAUGCUAAUAAAAUAUCUAGCACUUUA